GCAAGCAUGCUAACCUUUCAAUUUGUGAGAAAUCCGAGGGCUUGAGGGAGAUGUUGAAGGACUUGGCUGGGUGAGAUCGUUAGGGUCGUUCGUUGGUGAGGGAGUUCACUGCCAAUAGAGAUGUAGCUGAAGAUCCGGCGGCGAUGGCGAGGGAGUUCGCUGUAUGCGUCUGGGAGCGGUAGGGAGAAAUUGAAGGAUUGAUCGAGGAUUUCAAGUUUAUUUCCUUCGGGGAUUAACCGUUCCAUUUGUUUUCAAUUGAGCCACCAGGAUUAGAAGAAGAGAUGGAUGGUGAUCUUCUGCUCGGUCACUUCGUCGGAGGGAGGAAGAGGAAAAGGGACGCGACCAAGCAAGGCAGAAGCAUGUGCUCUUCCUCUCGUGGCGAAGAUAGUCCUCCUCGGGAGCAGGUCGUGAUCGAGGUGGAGGACCAGGAUGAUGUAGCUCUAGAAACAGGGACGAUGGCGAUCAACCCCCCGCCGCGCUCUCUGAUGCUGGGUGGCAACUUAGCUGGGUCGUCCCAGGGAGCAUGCGACACUGGGGAUGAGGCAAGGAAGGCGGUGGAAUAUAAGCAGAGAGAGCUGCAGGAGGUGGUCGCUCGCCUCACAAGAGAGUUGGAGGAGGAGAAGGGUCGCUCAUUGUCUUCCGAAGUGGGGUCCAUUUCUGCCCGCGUUGCUAGGUUGGAGGGGGAGAAGACCGAUCUGAUUCGGAAGCUGGAGGCGGAGAAGAGCGACCAGGUCCGUCAAGUGGAGGAGGUGAUCGAGUCCUUCAAAUCUUCUCCUGACUUCGCUGCGGUCGCUAUGGAGCGGAUGGACGAGCUGGUAGCCGAAUGGCUAAAAAUCGAGCCCGGGGUCCAAUGGACGGUCAAGGAGGGAAAAAAGUCGUUCAACUGCGGACUCUUUCGUGCCCAACAAAUUUUUCGCAACAAGCUUGUUAGUCGGUUUAGUCAUUGUGCCUACGCCUUAGAGGGGGGGUGAAUAAGGCGUUUGAAAACUUUUCGGAGUUAAAUAAAAACGGUGUUGGCAAAUGCCGAAGCAAUAAGUAAAACGCAAAAAUAAAAGUGUUAAGUAAAAGACACACCAAUUU